AUGUUGAGAACAUCCACUUCACUAGACAGUUUAGCAGUGAGUGAAUCGAUCAGAGACGGUGAGACUUUGGUUUCAGCAGGUGGAAUUAUUGAAGUGGGUUUCUUCAGUCCAGGAAAUUCAACAAGAAGAUAUUUGGGUAUAUGGUACACAAAUGUAAGCCCUUUAACAGUGGUGUGGGUGGCCAACAAAAAUACACCUCUUGAGAAUAAAUCAGGAGUUCUCAAACUCAAUGAAAAAGGGAUUCUUGAGCUUCUUAAUGGCACAAACAGCACCAUUUGGUCAUCCAAUAUGUCCACCAAAGCAGUGAAUAAUCCAAUUGCUCAUCUCUUGGAUUCGGGAAAUUUUGUGGUGAAAUAUGGACAGGAAAAUAACGAUGACAACAUCUUGUGGCAGAGUUUUGAUUAUCCAGGUGAUACAUUGAUGCCAGGAAUGAAACUUGGAUGGAACUUGGAGACUGGUCUAGAAACAUUUCUAUUAUCUUGGAGAAGUGUUGAUGAUCCUGCUGAGGGAGAAUAUGCUAUAAAAAUUGAUCUUAGAGGGUAUCCUCAAAUUAUUAAAUUCAAGGGGCCUGAUAUAGAAUCGAGAGCAGGGUCAUGGAAUGGAUUGUCUACAGUUGGAAAUCCCGAUCCGGGUUCAACUCGUUCACAAAAUUUUGUGUUGAAUGAAAAAGAGGUGUAUUUUGAGUUCGAGCCUAGUAGAACAACCUUCAGCGUGUUGACACUGACACCUUCAGGCACACGACAGAUUAUGUUUUGGACAACUCAAAGAAGCACCCCGCAAGUUGUCUUGUCAAAUGAGGACACAGAUCAAUGCCAGAGUUAUGCCUUCUGUGGUGCAAAUUCUAUAUGCGUUUAUGAUGCUAAUUAA